CGGGGCCGGCCGGGUCCCGCCUGCAGCCGCUGCGAUGCUGUUGCCCCGGGCGGGUGGUGCUGCGGGCCGGGCCUCGCCGCCGCUGGCCGCCCUGUCCCAGGUGUUGCGGCUGGAGCGGAGCCGCCGCACCGCGAUCGUGUUCCCGCUGCAGAAGCUGGAGCGGUACCUGGCGCCCGGCACCGACACGGCGCCGUUCCGCCUCUUCCAGCCCGGGCUGGCUGCCCUGCAGCGUGCCGAGGCGCUCUUCAGGUCCGACCGCGGGCACCCCAUCGACUACGUGAGCUCCGCCGUGCGCAUGGACCAUGCCCCGCCGCCGGCCCUGCCCGAGGUGUGCUUCAUCGGCCGAAGCAAUGUAGGGAAAUCAUCUCUAAUCCGGGCCUUGUUUUCACUGGCUCCAGAAGUGGAAGUUAGAGUGUCAAAAACUCCGGGCCACACCAAGAAGAUGAAUUUCUUCAAAGUAGGGAAGUACUUUACUCUGGUGGAUAUGCCAGGAUACGGCUAUCGCGCCCCGCAGGACUUUGUUCAGAUGGUGGAGGCCUAUCUGCAGGAACGGCACAACUUGAAGAGGACUUUUCUAUUAGUUGAUGGUGUAGUUGGACUCCAGAAAACAGAUCAUAUUGCAGUAGAGAUGCUGGAAGAGUUUGGGAUUCCUUAUGUGAUGGUGUUAACAAAAAUUGACCGAGCAUCCAGGGGAUUAUUGUUAAAGAAUGUACUGGAGAUCCAGGAGUUUGUAAAGGAGAACACACAGGGAUGCUUUCCUCAGCUGUUCCUGGUCAGUUCUGUGGAGUUCUCGGGGGUUCACUUGCUCAGGUGUUUUGUAGCCCAUGUCACUGGAAACCUGCCCACUGUAGAGGCCAGCUGAAAAGCCUGCUGAUCUGCUUGGCUCAUCAGGAACAAAAGUAGGUGCAGCAGGAUAGCAUGCAUUGCUUGCAGACAUUGAGUUGUCCCUGUUCUGCAAGGAUGAAGGAAAGAACACAUCUUUUAUGGGAUCUGCUUUUCUAGGAGUGUUGGCUUGAAACAGAGUGGAAUAAAAGACUGACAUCUAGAGGAGCCCUAUCCUGACUGUCAUGAGUCAGUGCUGCAUCUACCUUCUGUUUUGAGAUCCAGCAUGAAUUUCUGCAGCUCCACGUGGAUGAAAUGCCAGAUCUGAGGCACACCAUCCAUGAUCUGUAUCGGCUCUACCCUGGCAGCUGAAGCACAACACCGAUGUGUCCUGUACACUUUAGGGGAACUGCUUCCCACAGCAGCUGUGUCUGUCUAAGAGCGCUUCAAACUGUCCAGUUACAAGACAGAACUGGACAAAAGGACAGCCAUCAACAGCAGCACUCAUACAGGAGAACUGAGUCUGAAGCUAUGAAGUGCCUGUGUCAAACCCUGGCACUCAGUCUUUGCCAUGUCUUAAUGUGGCCAAGGCUGGUUAUGCAGUUGUCAGUUACUUGCAUCAAGAGUUUAAACCUCAAGAAAGGAAAGUUCUUUUCUAAAUUACUCUGACAGUGCAAAAGGACUAGAAAUACUACUUUCUUUCACUAUGCAAUUUCUUGUAACACACUAGACAUGAGACAAGAUCUGUUUUCAGCAUACAUGUAGGAACAGGAGCAUGUGAUGAAUGCAGUAAAUGUGACUCUAUAGCUUCUGCAUCUUAGUGAUGAAACUUGUAAUUCUGAAAUCUUAAAAUGCUGCAGGGCAAACCAGCCCAAGAGAUGCAUGAUCCUAGAAAUGGAGUAGUGGCUAUACAGAUGAAACAGGUGAAAGUGAACACUUCAGGAAGGGCCUUUUUGUAGAAUCUUUAAACCAGUGUCGGAUCUCAGGAUCUCAGUCCUGAGGUGCUGAGCCACCGAGACCACCUUGGGGGGCUCGGGAGUCCUGGAAUGUUGCCAGAAGUGUCUGGUGGCAGGACUUUGGUCCUACACAGGAGACGACAAGGAUGGGGGCUUCACCGGGGUGAAUGGCGAAGAGAUUAGUUAAUUAGAGGGUGAGACACAGGGUUUAGGAUUUAUGUACAGGGGGGUUUAGAGAAGUAAGAUGGAGGAAUUGGGGUGUGUCCUGUUCUUCUUCUUCUUUCUCUUCUCCUCCAUCUUCUUUGGUGAUGGUGGCAUUUUUGGAUUGGUUGUUACUGAAAGUGCACCCAGCAAUAAGAAUAAAUGGUAUUGGGGAAAAAUGAUAAAUAUUGUACACGUAACAAUGGGUAUAAAGAUACGUGGCUGCCCCGGAGGGCAGACAGUGUGCCCAUGGCUGACUGCUGAGCAGAUCUCUGUUCGGCUGAAAGAACAUCUUUUAGAUAAACAAUUAAUAAACAUAAAAACUGAAAGAAGAACUGAAGCCUCUUCUCGUCCUUCGAUACGCGGGCUGUCCCAAGGCCACCUCGGGCCUUUCCAGGCCCCUCAAACAGCCAAGAAAACCCGACAUUUGGCGUUCCCUGAGCGGACACGAACCACCACAACCUUUCGGGGGGGGGGCAGCACCCUCAAAGCCCUGAAGACCAGAGAGAAGAAGAAAACAAAAAGCCAACAGAGUCUGCAAAAAACAGCAGUCACUGAGGAAUCCAUCUCUCAGUUUCUGCCGAAGACAAUUCGUAGCAGAACAGCCCGGACCGGACCCAGAAAGGCGCCCUGGGACCACCUCUCGUGAUCUGCUGGACAGAGACCGAGACCUUCGGACUGCCCUGACGAAAAAUUUGGUAAGAAAGCCCAGAAAUAAGAACAUGGGGGGCACACUCUCCCAGGAACAAUGGGAAAUUUUGUCCGCCUUACAAGGUGUGACACAAACAUACACAGAGGGAAUUCCAAAGAAAGAAUUAAAACAAUUAUUGCUAUGGGCAAGGCUAAACUACCCACUGGCAGAAACGUGCAUGCAGCAGAAAGCUGCGGGACCCUCAGAAAGAGGGGGGGAGCAAGGCUCCAGGAAAAAAUUAGCUCUGGCCUUAAGAAGCCGGGGGGAAGGGCUCUCGAGGAAAGAGGGCAGGAAAUAAUAUUAAAACACCCGGUCCCAAAACCCAGAAACCCCAGGAAACUCCCAAAGCAUCAGAAAACUCCAGAGAGCAUGGAGGACUCAGGAGCAGAAAGGAGGGAGCAGGGGGGGGAGAAGGGAUCGGGGGGGGCGCUUUCUCGCGGCCAGGCUGCAGCGGAGCAGGCGGGGAGCGCAGGUGAAGAAAAAAACAAGGGACACGUGUUUUCGCGCGGCUUUGCUUGGCUCAGGGCCGGGGGCGGCGGCGGUCCCGGCCGGCAAGGUAGCAGAAACGCGCGUGACGGGCGAAAAUCGCGAAAUCCCGGGGGCAGAGUCACAAACCAACGCCGGGGCGUCUGACCCAAGCAGCGAAAUAGGGGAAAUUGCGCAAUCCCAGAAAGCUGCCAUGCGGAGACGUAGGAGGCGCACAGUUGUGACGCAAAAACCCGGGGCGCAGAUCGGCCCGAACGCGGCGGGCGCGGGUGCGGGCGGGAGGGAGGCUGCACACACCGACGAGGGGCUGCACACACACAGCGUCGGAGGAGGAGGAGACAGAGUCAGGGGCAGACCGAGAGGGAGAAAAUUCAGAGGCGGAACAAAAGGGAGAGGGAGAAAUUACCUUGGGGGAGACAGGGGGCGGCUCGGAAAGCACGCAUGCGCGGAGCAUAGAGCACGGGCGGGGGCGGGCCAGACCCACGGUGACGUCUCAGGCGAGGAGGGGCCCUCUCCAGACUUGGUGCCUUUGGUAAAAACCCUCGGAGUCCAAGCCUUCUUCCCUCCUGGGGAGGCGUGUGUGUUCUAACCCUAUUGUCAGUUGAAUCAAAAGCCAGGUAACCCCGGUCUCAAGUGAGCUUGCAAACAGCGACAAUCGGCUGAACAAGGAGGCAGUUGUGUUCAUGCAGUCGCCCCAGCCAGGGAGGCCGGUGACAGCGCCACCUCGUGGGGGAAUGACCGAAGUGCACGACAUGCCGGAUCGGUUCAGCAGAGCCACAGCAUCAUUUCGUAACGAGUCUGCAACUAUGCAGCGAUUUUCCUCAACAAGAUAUAAGAAGAGACGAAUACUCAGACAAAAGUCGGGACUCAGACUGCAAAGGACGACUCAGAACGAAAGACUCGGGGGGGUUUUCUCUUUGGGGUCUUGAAUAUUUCUGUAUAAGAACGAAAGACUCUGGGGGGUUUUCUCCUUGGGGUCUUGAAUUGCAAUAGGCAAUGGGGUAAAUUUACCUAUUACAGGGAAAACUGACAAAGGAUCAUGGAUUGAUCAGCUGGUAGAUUUCUUUGACAUUUCUCCCAUUUGGAGAAGAAUUUUAAGGGUAAGGUUUUAUGUUUUAAUAGUUCUCCUAAUCCUCAUCCUUGUCGUCCCAGGUGCCAUGAAUCGGAUUGUAAAAGUGGUUUUCUUGGUGCAAACAGAAGGGGGAGAUGUCGGAUCUCAGGAUCUCAGUCCUGAGGUGCUGAGCCACCGAGACCACCUUGGGGGGCUCGGGAGUCCUGGAAUGUUGCCAGAAGUGUCUGGUGGCAGGACUUUGGUCCUACACAGGAGACGACAAGGAUGAGGGCUUCACCGGGGUGAAUGGCGAAGAGAUUAGUUAAUUAGAGGGUGAGACACAGGGUUUAGGAUUUAUGUACAGGGGGGUUUAGAGAAGUAAGAUGGAGGAAUUGGGGUGUGUCCUGUUCUUCUUCUUCUUUCUCUUCUCCUCCAUCUUCUUUGGUGAUGGUGGCAUUUUUGGAUUGGUUAUUACUGAAAGUGCACCCAGCAAUAAGAAUAAAUGGUAUUGGGGAAAAAUGAUAAAUAUUGUACACGUAACAAUGGGUAAAAAGAUACGUGGCUGCCCCGGAGGGCAGACAGUGUGCUCAUGGCUGACUGCUGAGCAGAUCUCUGUUCGGCUGAAAGAACAUCUUUUAGAUAAACAAUUAAUAAACAUAAAAACUGAAAGAAGAACUGAAGCCUCUUCUCGUCCUUCGAUACGCGGGCUGUCCCAAGGCCACCUCGGGCCUUUCCAGGCCCCUCAAACAGCC